AGAGAGGCCAGUCUGGACGCAGCAGCGUGCGCUCCCAGCAGCAAAGGAGGCUCAGGGACAGAAAGACAUGGCCUGGAGACGGAUGCCACCUCUGCUGCUGCUGGCCUGCUUGUCGGCCUCCGUGUGCAGUGCCAGAGACAGGACAGACCUGCUCAACGUCUGCAUGGACGCCAAACACCACAAGACAAAGCCAGGCCCUGAGGACAAGCUGCAUGGCCAGUGCACUCCCUGGAGGAAGAAUGCCUGCUGCUCUGUCAGCACCAGCCAGGAGCUGCACAAGGACACCUCCCUCCUGUAUAACUUCAACUGGGACCACUGUGGCAAGAUGGAGCCCGCCUGCAAGCGCCACUUCAUCCAGGACACCUGUCUCUAUGAGUGCUCCCCCAACCUGGGGCCCUGGAUCCAGGAGGUGAACCAGAGCUGGCGCAGAGAGCGCUUCCUGAACGUGCCCCUGUGCAAAGAGGACUGUGAGAGCUGGUGGGAAGCCUGCCGCACCUCCUACACCUGCAAGAGUGACUGGCACAAGGGCUGGAACUGGACCUCAGGAUCUAACUAGUGUCCAGCUGGGGCCGUCUGUCGCACAUUCGAGUCCUACUUCCCCACUCCUGCAGCCAUGUGUGAGGGCCUCUGGAGUCACUCCUACCAGGCCAGCCAAUACAGCCGAGGGAGUGGCCACUGCAUCCAGAUGUGGUUUGAGCCGGCCCAGGGCAACCCCAAUGAAGAGGUGGAGAGGUUCUAUGCCUUGGCCAUGGCUUCUAGGGCCAUGCUCCAUGGGACUGGGCCUCUCCUGCUCAGCCUGACUCUGAUGCUGCUACUCUGGCUCCUUGAUUGAGUCCCCUCUGUCUGUCCCCAGCUUUGAGGCACAGGAUCAGUUUUCGCUCAGCACAGGUCCACAAAUGAAGCCCUAAGCUUGCCUCCCUGCAUUACCCAUCCCUCUGUCAACCAGUUCCUCAUGUGGAGCUUGGGGUU